UCGGAGGAGGGUAAGGGCGGGCCCGCGGGCGGGUGAGGGGCGCGUCCUCCUCCCCACCCUCCUGCCUCCGAUGCGAGAGGAUGGCGAGCCCGGAUCAGAAGUCGCCCAACGUCCUGCUGCAGAACCUGUGCUGCCGCAUCCUGGGCAAGGGCGAAGCUGAUGUAGCCCAGCAGUUUCAAUAUGCAGUGCGAGUCAUUGGAAGCAACUUUGCCCCUACUGUUGAAAGAGAUGAGUUUCUUGUAGCAGAAAAAAUUAAAAAAGAACUUGUGCGGCAAGGAAGGGAAGAGAAUGCUGCUGUAUUUUCAGAACUCUACAGAAAACUCCACUCACAGGGAGUUUUGAAGAACAGAUGGUCAAUCCUCUACCUCUUGCUCAGCCUCAGUGAAGAUCCUCGCAAGCAGCCAAACAAGGUAUCAAAUUUCGCCUCACUGUUUGCUCAAGCACUGCCACGGGAUGCCCACUCAACUCCGUAUUACUAUGCCCGGCCCCAGAGCCUUCCUUUGAACUACCAAGACCGCAAUGCUCAGUCUGGCCAGAAUUCUGCCAGUAUGGGGAGUAGUGGAAUCAGCAGCCUUGGCAUGUAUGCCCCGAAUGGGCCAACACCAACCCCGCAGUCAUUUCUUCCCGGACAAUCCUAUCAACGUGCAGGAGUGGGAGAUUGCCUUCGGCAGCAGCUAGGGGCACGACUUGCCUGGACUUUAACCGCAGGCCAGCCUACUUUACAGAACUCUACCUCAAAAGGGCUCUCAACCACUGUUUCACGUAAUCUGCCAAGGUCAAGGCGGGAAGGGGACAUAACGGGCUCUGUUGAAAUAACAGAGGCAUAUCUUGUGAGAGACAUUUUAUACGUCUUCCAGGGAAUAGAUGGCAAAAUCAUCAAAAUGUUCAAUUCAGAGAACUGUUACAAAGUAGACGGAAAGGUGAGCAUUUCCAAGUCUCUGAGAGAUACAACAAGCCGGCUUGCUGAAUUAGGGUGGCUGCAUAACAAAAUAAGAAAGUAUACUGACCAGAGGAGCGUGGAACGUGCAUUUGGAUUAGUGGGUCAGAGUUUUUGUGCUGCCUUAAACCAGGAACUCAAAGAAUACUACAGGCUACUGUCUGUUUUACACUCGCAGUUGCAGGUAGAAGAUGAUCAAGGUGUAAAUUUGGGGAUUGAGAGUAGUUUAACACUUCGGCGUCUCUUAGUUUGGACAUACGAUCCUAAGAUAAGAUUGAAGACACUUGCAGCACUUGUUGACCACUGUCAAGGAAGGAAAGGUGGUGAACUUGCAUCAGCUGUUCAUGCCUACAGUAAAACAGGUGACCCCUACAUGAGAUCCCUGGUGCAGCAUAUUCUUGGCCUUGUGUCGCAUCCUGUCUUGAAUUUCCUUUAUCGUUGGAUUUAUGAUGGGGAAUUGGAGGACACCUACCAUGAAUUCUUUGUAGCUUCAGAUCCCACAGUGAAAACAGAUCGGUUGUGGCACGACAAAUACACAUUGCGGAAGUCCAUGAUUCCUUCUUUUAUUACAAUGGAUCACUCAAGAAAGGUUCUCCUAAUAGGAAAAUCCAUAAACUUCUUGCAUCAGGUUUGUCAUGACCAAAGUCCAUCAUCAAAGAUGAUAGCUGUGGCCAAAUCUGCAGAAUCUCCAAAAGAUGCUGCCGAAAUGUUCACGGAUUUGGAAAACGCAUUUCAGGGAAAAAUAGAUGCUGCAUAUUUUGAGACUAGCAAAUACUUGCUAGAUGUUCUCAAUAAAAAGUACAAUUUACUGGAGCACAUGCAGGCCAUGAGGCGCUACUUACUUCUCGGUCAAGGAGAUUUUAUCAGGCACUUAAUGGACUUGCUUAAGCCAGAGCUUGCGAGACCAGCUACCACUUUGUAUCAGCAUAAUCUGACAGGAAUCCUGGAAACAGCUGUCAGGGCAACAAAUGCACAGUUUGAUAACCCUGAGAUCCUCAAACGCUUGGAUGUCAGACUUUUGGAGGUCUCUCCUGGUGAUACUGGUUGGGAUGUUUUCAGCUUAGACUAUCAUGUUGACGGACCGAUUGCAACAGUAUUCACCCGUGAGUGCAUGAGCCACUAUCUGAGGGUGUUCAACUUCUUGUGGAGGGCAAAACGGAUGGAAUAUAUUCUCACAGACAUAUGGAAAGGACAUAUGUGUAAUGCAAAGCUUCUGAAAAAUAUGCCAGAACUUUCUGGGGUGCUGCAUCAGUGUCACGUUCUGGCAUCAGAAAUGGUCCAUUUCAUUCAUCAAAUGCAGUAUUACAUUACAUUUGAGGUGCUUGAAUGUUCCUGGGAUGAACUAUGGAACAAAGUGCAACAGGCUCAAGACUUGGAUCACAUCAUUGCGGCUCAUGAAGUUUUCUUAGAUACAAUUAUAUCUCGCUGUUUGCUGGACACUGACUCAAGAAUGCUGCUCAACCAGCUUCGAGCAGUCUUUGAUCAGAUUCUUGAGUUUCAAAAUGCCCAAGAUGCCAUGUACCGUGUUGCCUUGGAGGAGUUACAGUUACGGUUGCAGUUUGAAGAAAGAAAGAGAGAGAGAGAAAUUGAGGGUGAAUGGGGAGUAAAAGCUUCAGAAGAGGAAGAGGAGACUAAAAGGAUUAAAGAAUUUCAAGAUUCAAUACCAAAAAUGUGUUCACAGCUGCGACUACUUACCCAUUUCUAUCAGGGCAUCGUGCAGCAGUUUUUGGUAUUACUGACCACCAGUUCUGAUGAAAGUCUUCGAUUUCUUAGCUUUAGAUUGGAUUUCAAUGAACAUUAUAAAGCUAGGGAGCCCAGGCUUAGGGUUUCUUUGGGUACUAGAGGGCGGCGUAAUUCACAUAUAUAAAUCUCCCUGCAAUGAAUGUAAACCAGGAUCACAGAUGUGUAACCUGUUGUUGGUUGUGGCAGUCAACUUGGCAUACUAAAACCAAAUGGCAUGCAAUAGGUGUUUGUCAUUAUCACAAGCAACCUGUUUUCAGUCAUGUGAUUGUGCAACACUUGUGCAGAAAGCAACAUGGCUUAUUUUUUAUAUUUAAUGGUUGAGAUUACUAAAUGGGUUUAAACUGUUGCAAUUUUGCUUUGGUAGUCCAUUAAUCAACCAGCUAUAUUUUGUUUGUGGCUUUUAAAGCACAUUCCACCAUCAUUGAUAUUUGUCGUCAAGACAUUUUAUCCACAUGCAGAAACACACUUGUUUCCUUUUACACAAAGCAGGGCUGUAAUUUUCCAUUUCAGUUUAGAAACCACUUUUGUUUUAAAACCUGCCAGUUUAAGAAUCUGGCCAGAAGUCUAUCUUAUUUCUUUUUUCAGUGUUGUGGUGUAUUGACUGUGGAGGAAAAAUUAGUCACUUAAAAUUACACACAUUAAUGUUUUCAACAUUUUCAAAACUGAUUUAUUUUUCCAGAAAUUUUUUAACUGCUUUACAGAAACAAAUAUUAGAGACAUAACAGAAGUCCAACACAACAAAUAGUAGAAAUGAAAUUAAAACCUCAGUGCUCUCCAGUAAUGAAACAUGUAAAUAUUAAAUAGAUGUGAAUGAAGUAUUUUGUGUUCAAAUCUGAUGUAUUAGAAAUUAAUUUGGAUAAUGAAGACUACUUAUUUCUCUUUCCUUGCCUAUUUUUCCAUUGUAAAUAUUUAUAUAUUGCUGUCCAGAUGUUAGGGGGAAACAUUUUUGUAAAAAAAAAAAGUCACUAUAUAUCAUCACUCAAUUAUCCAUUUGUUAUAUUCACAGGUAAAAGCUUAGAAAAUAAACACAAUUAUCUUUCAAACUUU